GAACGACCUUGACCCUUACUAUUAAAAAACAACAAGCAUUUGCAUCUGUUGGUGCCUAAAAUUGUUGGUCUAUUAGUCACUGUAUGCACAUGCAUGGAUAAUGAUCCUUGUUUGCAUUACAGAAAAUUACGUUUGCUUUUUUGAGUGACCAUGAAGGUGGUGACUGUGAUUGAUGUGACCACAGCGGGGGCCACCUCAGGGGCUGUGACUCCAGAUGCUAAAUCUAUCAACCCUAUCUCUCUGUUGAACACUAGAAAGAAGGCAUUGAGUGAUGUGGACAAAGCGUGUAAAAGCUGUGAUGCCUGCCUAGAGAACAUUGUUUUCCAAAAGCUGGACUUUGGAGAGACGGCAGUACUGGAUAUGUUCUACAACGCCGACGUGGUGGUUGUGGAUAUGACCAUAGCUACCCAGCAAUCCUCUCUCUUCUACCACAUUGGUGUGCGACAAAGCAUGAACAUGAAAAACAAUGUGGUCAUCGCUAACGAUAUUGAUCCAGAGGGUACUGUUUCACUAAGGCUGUCAACAGGCUCAGGUGUGUACUUCUUCCCCUACAUGCUGGACAGUAAUGGCACAUGUGUGGUGCAGGAUGGCUCCUCACUGCUCUACUCGGAGGCGUGUGUGCACCCAGAGAAUGGACCCUCCCUCUACAACAAAAUCAAGAAGGUCUUGAACGAGGUGGAUGAGGAAAAUGUGACUCACCUGAAGGAGAGAUUCCUGUCUGACCUGCGCAAGGCACGGGAGACCUUCAAGGGGGAAGAUCUAGUUAAGAUGCUGAAUGGCAUGAAGAGACGCCUGGACGACCCCCUGCUGCUCUCUGUGGAUGUCGUGGUCAACCUGCUCAUAUCCUUUAGGGAAAUACAGGACUACAAUGCCAUGGUGAAGUUAGUGGAAGACCUGGAGGUGAUCCCAAACAACAAGAUUACCAGCACAGUGGCUGUACAGUACCAUUAUUCAUUCGCCCUCAAUAGGAGAAACAAGAAUGGUGACAGAGAUAAGGCUUUACAAGUCAUCCUUAAGGUGAUCAGCCAAUCAGAGAAUGCAGUGCCUGACCACUUGUGCCUUGCUGGUAGGAUUUACAAGGACAAGUUUGUGGAGAGUGAUUAUGAAGACAGAGAGGCACUUCAGGAGGCUAUUAAGUGGUACAAAAAGGGGUUUGAAAUUCAGCCUAACGAGUAUGCAGGCAUCAAUCUGGCAACGCUGAUGGUGAUAUCGGGCAAGGAGUUCAGCACCUGCAAUGAACUCAAGAGGAUUGGCCUAAAGCUGAACAACCUGAUCGGCAAGAAGGGCAGUCUGCAGAACCUGACCAACUACUGGGAUGUGGCCACAUUCUUUGAGAUCUCAGUGCUAGCCCAGGACUAUGGGAAGGCCAUUCAGGCUGCAGAGGUCAUGUUCAGACUUGAACCACCCUAUUGGUACCUGAAGUCAACCCUGGAUAACAUCCAUUUGAUAAUCAAGUUCCGCAGGCAGAUAGUGGACACUAAUGAAUCCAGUCUAUUCAACUUUUGGAUGGAGUUCUUCCAGGAGGCAACAAAGACUGAGGUCUCCCCACAGUGGUACCCGGUUCUCAUACUGGAGCCUACUAAGGUGUUUGUUCCAAGCUAUCUUCAGGUCAAUCAAGAUGAAGACAGCAAGAAUGUUCAUGUGUACAAUGUGUGCAAAACAGACAAGCUGCAGCAUGAGUGGUUCUUCUCUGCCUCCCAGCUCAAGGGAGUCAGUCUGUACAAGAGAGACAACAGAGCAGUCUUCCUUUAUGUCACGGAGAACUCUGAUGACUUCCACAUAUUCUUCUCAUCAGAAAUGCAGCGACAAAUGUUUUAUGAGGACAUGUGUCAGCUGAUCAAGGACAAUCAGCGUGGAUUCCAAGCUGAGCUAGAAGAGAUGGACAAUAUUGAGUAUGAAUAUGAAACAGAUGAGAAGGGAAACCCUAUCAUCCUUGGUCGUGGUUCCUACGGAGUCGUCUACGCUGCUCGUGAUAAGCGCACGCAGGUCAAGGUUGCUGUGAAAGAAGUGCCAGAGAAAUAUCAGGAGGAGGUUCAGCCUCUGCAUGAGGAGAUCAAGCUACACUCGCGUCUCAGCCACAAGAACAUUGUCAAGUACCUGGGCUCCAUCAGUGAGGGAGGCUUCUUCAAGAUCUUCAUGGAACAAGUACCUGGAGGGAGUUUGUCCCAGCUUCUGAGUUCCAAGUGGGGCCCUUUGCUCAACAAUGAACCAACAAUUGCCUUCUAUACCAAGCAGAUUCUUGAGGGCCUGAUGUAUCUGCAUGAGAACAGGAUUGUGCACCGAGACAUCAAAGGGGAUAAUGUUCUUGUGAACACCUACAGUGGGGUGCUCAAGAUAUCAGACUUUGGCACCUCCAAACGGCUGGCUGGGAUCAACCCAUGUGCAGAAACAUUUGCAGGUACCAUGCAGUACAUGGCCCCUGAGGUUAUUGACAGAGGCAUGAGAGGAUAUGGGCCACCAGCUGACAUUUGGUCAUUAGGUUGCACUGUGAUAGAAAUGGCUACUGGAAAACCUCCAUUUAUAGAGCUGGGUAGUCCUGAGGCGGCCAUGUUCAAGGUGGGCUUCUACAAGAUCCAUCCUGAGAUCCCAGACAGCCUGUCUGAGGCCGCCAAGGACUUCCUGUUGAAAUGCUUCCACAAGGACCCGAAGCAGCGUCCAACAGCAGCCAAGUUGCUAGAGGAGCCCUUCAUUGUAGAGACUCUGGCGCCCAGAAAGAAGAAAAAGAAGAUGACCGAAGUGGAGUUCUUGCGCAGCACAUCAGUGCCUGUGGGUGUGAUGAUGAGGGGACAGCAGUCAACAGCCACCAUCAAACUGAAGCUGCCGCAGAAACACCAAAAGCACCAGAGCCCCAGUACAGUUACUGUGAUGCCACGCAAUGCCAUGGGCUUCUCAGGGAGUGUGGAGAACAUUCUGGAUGGAUUGGACACAGUGCAGGAAGAGCGCACAUCAACGCCCGGUCAUAAACGAUCAAAAAGUUCGCACACAUUUAGCGGGCUUGACCUAACUGCCAGGUUCAUGCCGUUUCGUAAACGAGCCGAGUCAGACGGAACUGCUGUUGGUACAGAAAGGAUCCUGCAAAGAGGGGUUGUACAGGACCAGGCGGACCACAACUCUCGCAGGUAUUUCCUCUCCCACCCACCCUCUUGUAUGCAUGAGUAUUGUAGGCUGGUGCUCAAUAAGUAGUGGGGUGUUCUUGUGCAACUUCCAUUGACAUUUGAAUUGUACAUAGUGUA